CCUUAAAAUCCAUCAAUCUUUUCCUUAGUUAUACCUUGACAAGUCAAAGUACAAACAUGUCAAGCAACAGCGUCCCCGGAGUGAACCUUUCCGACCAUCAGGUUAUGCCAGUGAUCGGCCUAGGCACCGGCGAUUUUCAAUCUACUGCCGAGGCCGUGAAGACGGCAGUCAUAGAGGCUAUCAAAGUCGGGUACAGACAUCUGGAUUGUGCUUCAGUUUAUGGGACAGAGCAGCCACUAGGGGAAGCCAUAGACGAAGCUCUUAAACUUGGUCUUAUUGGGUCCAGAGACGAACUCUUCAUCACAACCAAGCUGUGGUUCACUGAUUGUCAUUCUGAUCGCGUCGUUCCAGCUCUCAAAAAAUCUCUUGGGUUGCUAAAACUGGAAUAUCUGGACCUUUAUUUGAUUCACUUACCAGUUAGUUCAAAGACUGAAGAUAGUGGUAUAUACCCAUCUAAAGAGAAUAUAGAACCAUUAGACGUAAAGGGAGUGUGGGGAGCAAUGGAAGAGUGCGAAAAACUUGGUCUCACAAAAUCAAUUGGAGUCAGUAACUUCCCUGUGAGGACACUUGAGAGUUUAUUAUCUGUCGCUACAGUUCCUCCUUGUCUAAACCAAGUGGAGAUGAACCCUACAUGUCAACAAAAGGAGCUAAGAGAAUACUGCAAAGAAAAGGGUAUACUUGUAACUGCAUAUUCUCCUCUCGGAGCUCCAGGUACUGGAUGGGGAAACAAUCGGAUCGUGGACAAUGAAAUUCUGAUUGAAAUUGCUAAAUCUCACGGAAAAUCAGUUGCUCAGGUUGCCCUGAGAUGGCUGUAUGAGCAAGGAGUGAGUUUUGUUCCAAAGAGUUAUAACAAAGAGAGAAUGAAACAGAACCUAGAGAUAUUCGAUUGGUCACUUACACAAAAUGACUUGGACAAGAUCAGUCAAAUCAAACAAAUAAGAUUAAAUCAGGAGAACCCUUUAUUCCCAUACGUUGCUUGAUGCCUACAUCGUUCAUGAAAUUCCAAGUUAUAUUGUAAUAAUAGCUAUUUGGUUUUUGUAUGUUUCUUUUUUCCCCUAGUUAUGUCUUCCUCUUCUUCCAAUAAAGUAGUGGUUAUUUUAUUUUCCUUGUGAAACGGCGAAUCAAGCACUACUGUUGUACGUUGGAUUUAAAUAGUGCUCGUACCUAUAUGUGAAUUGUGAAGCUUCAAAUAAAGAUGUAAUUUUGUGAAGGUACAAGUGUUGCAGCGUUCUUUUUUUGCACCUGUAUGUUUUGUAUUUUUUGAAGGAAUAAAGAUGUUAUUUUAUUA